CGCUUAAAGCUUGUUGAUGAUUUAGACGGGAAAAUCUAAGUGUAACACAAUAGUCUGUCAACAUGGCCGCCCCCUCAAGGGAUUUUUUAAGAGUUUUACCCAGAUGUCAGAGGCUGUUCUUCACAUGCAGAGCUCCUUCUGUCUCCUACAGCUCACUGACUGCACACAGACAGCAAUCUGUCAGAUCCUACGCUGCUGCUGCUGCCGCCAAGCAGAAAGAGAAGAAAGAGGAGACUGUUCAAGAAAAGGUGGUGAAAGAAAAACAAAAGGUUGAUGACAAAAACAGACACAAACCCUAUGGACUCACAGCCUGGGCUCCAGUAGAUGAUGUGUACAUGGUGAGGUACUAUCCCAAACCCAUCUAUGAGACAUCCGUGUCCAUUGAAAUGCUGAAGAACUUUCAGAAGCUGGACUUCAGUCCCGAAAACCAGCCUGUAUAUACUAACCUACGUCUAGACAUGAAGCUGGAGAAAAAGAAAAAAGUGGAUCCGUUUGUUAGCAUAAUUCAUUUACCACAUCCCUUCAAGUCGGACAUCAACAAAAUAGUGGUUUUUACUGAGAAUCCAGAUCAAGCCAGAAUAGCAGUGGAGAAUGGAGCAGCAGUUGCAGGUGGAGCAGAACUGGUUGAGAAGAUUUUAGCUGAUGAGAUCACAGCAGAUUUUUACUUGGCUGUGCCAGACAUUGUACAAAAGCUGCUCCCUUUGAAGAACAAGCUGAGGAAGAAGUUUCCCAAGAGCAAGAGAGGAUCAGUUGGAAUGAAUAUUCCCAAAAUGCUUGCAUUGUUCAAGAGUGGUCAUGAAUACAUGGUUGAGGACAUCUAUGUCAACACACAAGUUGCAACACUGGACAUGCCAAACGAGUAUAUUCUAGAAAACAUUCGUGCCAUUGUAAAAGAUGUGGCAAGCCAUAAACCAGCAGAAUUUGGUCCUUUUAUUGAGCGAGCAAUUGUCUGCAGUAGGUCAAGUGAGGGUUUGCACAUUAAAAUCGAAGAAUUAUUACCACAGGAAGAGAAAAAGGCAUGACAUUUUUGCUUUGUAUAUAUUUGCAUUGUACAAAACAUUUAGACUAAUAAAAUGGUCUAACUGUGAUUUUAUUCUGAAGUCAGUUUAUACAGUAGCAUGUUUUAGGUAUGGAAGUAACACGGUUAAUGGCCCAUUGUGGUCAAUAAGGAUGCCCUGUUGCAAAGAAUUUCAGCCCACAUUAAGCAUCUUAAUGGAGAUCAAUUUGUGAUGGUAUGGAAUGCCAAAAACGAAUUGCAUAUGGUUACAAAUGUUGCCUUAACACUAUUACCCCUGUAUCUACACUAUUUACAUUUACAGUUAUGCAUUUAGCAGAUGCUUUUGUCCAAACCAAUUUAUAAAAGAACAAAACCAGUUCAUCAAAGAGCCAACGAUAUUCAUAAUAUACAAUGCCAGGUUUAGAAAACUAGAUUUGGAAACAAGCUAGAGAAGAUGAUAAAUGAAGAGAAGAAUACGUUUUUCAGUGUGAAAAUGCAUUGGUGGCUGAGGCCUUCUGUGGGGUAUCUUUUUUUCUUGCCCUGUCAUCCCCUACCUAUAACAGCAGGUGGCAGUAGAAACUCACUUUUUCUAAACUAAUUAAACUCAGAUUGU